AUGCUGAACAACUUGUUAGGAGAGAAAAAUGUCCCAGCUGGGAUUCCAAAGACAAUCGGGGAACAGAAUCAUAACAAACAUAAGGAGGACACGGCAACCAUGGAGAAUACCAAACAGCAACGAGCCAAUGCGAGAAAUGCACUCAGCAACUUACUGGGUGCAAGACGGAAGCCUCCUCCGUCAGCUGUCUUUCAUCCAAAAAUUGCUGAAUUAGGAGCAUCGCUAACAACACCGGCAACUCCUACUAGAAAAAAUGGUGCAAACAAGAAUGCUUCUACUGAUCUGAAUCAGAAUCUUCCUCUCAAGAAGGACCCUCGCUUUGAAAAGUACUUUCGAAUGCUCAAGGUUGGAAUGCCAUUGGCUCAUGUGAAGCAUGCCAUGCAACGGGAUGGAAUCAAUCCAGAUGUAAUGGAUCAGGAUCAUAACAAGCCAGCCAACAGUGGCAACAAGAAUGAAACUAGUGAUAUUUCCAUGCCCAAACGACAACCACGUCGACGCAAACGAAACUCGGAACCUAGACGAGCUCGAUUCCGAUGGAACAAAAUUUCCAAUUUCUUUACCGAGUCUAUCUGGGGAGACUUGAGUGAUGAUGAAACCAUCAAGAGUAUUGAUAUUGAUGAAGAGGAGUUUACAGAAUUGUUUCAGGCUCAAGUGGUAACAGAGGAAUCGACUAAACAAGCAGCAGCAGCAGCAGCCCAGCAACGACACGAAUCCAUUGGCGGCAACAUGAAGAAGAAAAAGAUGGGAUCGGCAGUUCGUGUCAUUGAUGCCAAACGAGCCAACAAUGGGGGAAUUAGUCUGGCUCGUAUCAAAAUGACUUUUGAUCAAAUGUCACAGACAGUGGAACAAAUGGACAUUUCCACAUUGACGGCUGGACAAAUCGAAAACAUGAUCGAGUACCUGCCUAGCAACGAGGAACAGGAACGACUGACCGAAUACAUGUUAAAUGUUGAACAAGAAGAUGACUUGGUCGUUCGUUUCAAUAGUCUAUGCGAAUGCGAAAAGUUCAUGGUAUCCAUGAUGACGGUGAAAUAUCGCAAGGAAAAGUUGGAUUCCAUGCAUUUCAAGUUGGAUUUUCAGUAUUCCAUAGAUUCAAUUGUACAAGAUGCCGACUUGGUGGACAAGGCCUGUGAUGAAUUAAGGAAUUCCGACAGAUUGAAAAAAUUGCUUGGAAUUGUUCUCGAACUAGGAAAUAAACUCAAUACGGCUGCCCAAGGACCUGAGGAUAAGGCGAAUGCCUUUGACCUUGAUUCGCUACUCAAAUUAAAAGAGACCAAGGCAUUUGACAAGAAGACGACCUUUCUAAACUACAUUGUAUCAAUUGUCGAACGAAAUGAUGAAUCAUUGUUGGAUUUUGCUCAAGACAUUCAAACAGUCAUUAAGGCGGAAAAGGUCUAUUGGGACGUGUGCGUGUCCGAAAUAAAAGAAGUUGAGACACAUGUGGAGAAUCUUCGUCAGAUGGCUCUGUACGAAGCCAAAAAAGAAGAAGAAUCAUCAAUAGCAAUAAUGAAUGGCAGCAGCACUCCAAAGGCGGUGGCGGCGCCAAAUUGCAUCCAAGUACCAGAAGACGAAGAAUUUGCAACACUUAAAUCAACUUCCACCGGCCGCUUUACAAUCGAUGCUCUCACACAGCUCUCGCAACUUCACAUCAAGGUCGAUGCCACCAUUGAGAAAUUUCAGAAUCUUCUGAUAUACUUUGGAAUCAACGGAGCGGGCGAGCGAUCGAAACGACCCCACGAACUCUUUUCCAUCUUUUCACAAUUUUCUCGUGACUUUGCAGAGGCGAGGCCAGCACUCAAACAUGCGUCAAGCUUUAAGAGACGAUGA